CUUUAUAGCUAGGGAUACCGUUUAUUUUUUAAAUGACAAAUCGGGAGCUAGCUAAAUUACUCAUUCCUAUAUAUAAAAAAAAGACCACACCUAAAAAAAAAAAAGACCAGAGAUCAGACUUUCCCUGUAUUUAUACAAACAAAUACACCAAGAAUAACAGAGUUAGACCCAUUACCAAAGAAACAAAGAGAGAAAUUGAGAGGAACGAAUAAACGGAUGAUGAUGAUACAUAUCUCCUCCAUCUCGCCAACCCUGCUUCUGAUCCCAAUUCUAUUAUUUUUAGCAUCUUUCAUUUGGUGCUGUCGAGUGUUGUUGGGCAAGAGAUCUGCAGCAGCGCCGCCAGGGCCAUGGAAGCUGCCCGUCAUCGGGAACCUACACCAGCUAAUGUUCACCCGAGGCCGCGCUCCCCACAUCCGGCUGAGGGAAUUGGCCCAUAGAUACGGGCCCGUCAUGAGCCUGCAGAUCGGGGAGGUGGCCAACGUGAUCAUCUCCAGCCCAGAAGCCGCGAAACUGGUGCUGAAAACCCACGACUUAGCCUUCGCUUCCAGGCCCAGUCUCCUGGCCGCCAACAUCAUCUUCUACGGCUUCAAGGACGUCGGCUUCGCGCCCUACGGGGAGUACUGGCGCCAGAUGCGGAAGAUCUGCAUCAUGGAGCUCCUCAGCGCCAGGCGGGUUUCUUCGUGCCGCUCCAUCAGGGAAGAGGAGGUGUCCAAUCUCGUCUCCCGCAUUCGUGUCGCUGCAACAAUUGCGAGUGAUGAGGAAGGCGUCGACAUCAGAGAGAUGCUACUUUCGCUGGCCAGCAACGUCACUUCCAGGUCAGCUUUUGGUAAGUUGCCGACGAUGCAGAGGGAAACAUUCUUGGCAGUAAUUGAGCGGAUUGUGGAGUCAUUUGAAGGCAUCGGAUUGUCAGAUCUCUUCCCUUCCCUCAAAUUCAUCCCUGUAAUUACUGGCUAUCAAGCCAAGCUCAUGGCGAUUCAUCAGAGAGCGGAUUCCGUGCUUGAGGAGAUCAUCCGCCAACACAGAGACAAAACAGAUAGAAAAAUACAACAUCAUAAUGACGAUGAGGGCGAUGAUGAUAAAACAGAGGACAUUGUUGACAUUCUGCUCAGUCUUCAACGGACCGGGGGCCUUUCACUCCCCUUAACAACCGACGGCAUCAAAGCCGUUAUUCUUGAUGUUUUCACUGCUGGUAUGGAAACGACAGCUAGCACAAUUGAGUGGACUAUGUCUGAGUUGGUUCAAAACCCAAAUGUUUUACGACUAGCACAAGAAGAGGUGAGGCGAGUCUUUGGUGACAAGGGAAACGUCUGUGAAGACCGGCUCCACGAAUUGACAUACUUAGAUGCAGUGAUCAAAGAGAGCAUGCGAAUAAACCCUCAUGCUCCAUUUCUACUCCCAAGAGAAACGAGAGAGACCGUUGAGAUCAAUGGUUUUGUGAUCCCGGCCAAAACUAGAGUUAUAGUCAAUGCAUGGGCAAUUGGAAGAGAUCCUUGUCAUUGGAUCGAUCCUGAAAAGUUUUACCCUGAGAGGUUCUUGAACUCAUCUAUUGACUAUAAAGGAGCACACUUCGAGUAUAUACCAUUUGGUGCUGGAAGAAGGAGUUGCCCUGGCAUGCUAUUCGGAAUGGCUACUGUUCAUCUGAGCCUAGCCAAUUUGCUCUUCCAUUUUGACUGGAAACUUCCCGUUGGACGUCAACACCUGGAUUUGACUGAACAGUCUGGACUUAGUCUCUCAAGCAAACAACUACUGCGCCUCAUCCCUAUUACAGCUAGCAAUUGAUGGCUUGUAUGCUGCCGUUAAUUAAUACUCGAUGAUUUC